AAAAACACGUUUCUCUGGGUUGAGAAACGGCUGCGUGCUGCGGGAUAAACGUCGCCUAUGCAGACAUUCCGGGAUCGUCCUGCUAGUGACUCAGUCUUUCAGGGCAGCUGCAAAGAAGAUGUCUGAUCCUGAUGCCAACCCUCCUGGCGGAGCCCCCGAGGGCGAGGGCGAAGGCGGCCCACCAGCGCCGCCACCCAACCUGACCAGUAACCGCAGACUACAGCAAUCCCAGGCCCAAGUAGACCAGGUGGUGGACAUCAUGCGUGUCAAUGUGGAGAAGGUUCUGGAGAGAGACCAGAAGCUCUCCGAGCUGGACGACCGGGCCGACGCGCUGCAGGCGGGCGCCUCGCAGUUCGAGAGCAGCGCUGCCAAGCUGAAGAAUAAGUACUGGUGGAAGAACUGUAAGAUGAUGAUCAUGAUGGCCAUAAUAGGCAUCAUCGUGGUUGGAAUCUUGUUCAUGUACUUCUUCUAUUGAGCUGGACUCAGCUGGAAGGAGACGCAUGUUUGGGAGAAAGUGACCCAGUGUGCUCCUGCACUUCCUCGCUUAGUGCGCCUCCAUCGCCACGCCUCUGCCUCCGGCGCACAUGCACGGCAUUGGGGGGUGCAGCAGGAGCAGAGGGGCUCCACAGCAGAACUGCUACAGCUCUGCAUCCCCUCGGUCUCAUUACCUCUCUUUUCAUAUUUUCCUAGUUAUGCUUUACAUUAGUUGUACCUUCAUAGAGCAUUCAUAAGCAGCAUGUGAGUCAGAGCAUCACAUUCAUAACACUUCUAAUUAACAAGACAUGACAGCUGUAAGACACAUUAAUAACAAACAUUAUCAUAUAAUAAUGUAUAUUAAAGCUGUUAAGAUAUGUUAGGAUGGUAAGGUAUAUUUAGCUGCUGCUUAUGAAUGUUCUAUGAAUGCAUUAUGAAGGCAUACUGAAUGUUCUAUGAAUGCAUUAUGAAGGCAUACUGAAUGUUCUAUGAAUGCAUUACAGAGGCCUUAUGAAGGUGCAGUUAAAUGUAAAGCAUUACCAUUUUUUCAAUGUGUCAUCUAUGCCAGCAGCUGAAAAUGCACUGUUGGGGAUUCCUAUGUAAUACAGCAUUAUUUUCCAGUUGCAGCUUACAGUGCUACCAGUAAAAAUGACUGUGAGGAUAUUUACUGCUGAAGUUUUCUUGUGAGCAUAAAUAAUGCACUUGUAUGCUUUGCUGGCUUGGUUGGCCUCCACUGUUCCUCUUUUCUGCAUCCGGAGGUAACGGCGGAAACAGUAGUGAUCACGAAUGUAGCAGGUUAAGCUUCUUUUUCUCUGUGUCAUUGUCAGAAAGAGAACAAUUGUGCAGUCUUAUGGUUUGAUUGAAAUACAUAGUGAUUAUUAAACUUACUUUUUUCAGUAUGCAAUUUACAUACAUCAAACCACAUUCCGUUAUCCUAAAGCAGUAUGACAAUGAUACAUCAUUCUGACUCAUUUGUAUAUUAAUUUUUAAGAAUUUCUGCUUUUUCUUGUAUCAUUUUCCCGAUUUCGGUUGGAACUGUAAAAGCCAGGUUUAACAAUUAAUUUUCAUGCAAUUAUAUUAUUUUGGUAAUAGUUCCUAAAAAUAUCCAUUAUUUCUGUUUAUUCACAUACUAAAAGUUUCUAUCUUACUAUUUGGUCAACAAUGGAAAUCAGUAUGGUUGUGCCACACAGCUAUGGCAUGUUAUUAAAUAACUGAAACGUGUUUUCAUAGCGGCUUCUUACACUGCAGCUCAUGUGUGAUUUUUUGCUAUAAACGAAUGUCCAUUUGCAUUUAACUUUACUGAUGCUAAUAAAUAUGUAAAUAUA